AAACAAAUAACACAUCAACCCCCUUCGCCCUCUUCAUCUGUCCUCUUACUUUAACUACAACUGCCUCUUGCCUCACUCAACUCACACCACCGCCCUUUCCUCCUACUCCUACACUACAACUCAACCACCGCUUCAAUUGCUGUCCUCACAACUCUACAUUCAACAACCACCACCACCAAAACAACAAUAACCCAACACAACCAUGUCCACCGACGCCGCAGCACCCGCCUCCAUCGACGAGACCCCCAUCUCUCCCGUCCGCCAGGCCGCUGAGCGCCGCAACAGCUUGGAGAAGCACCUCCAGCAGCGACCCGACGCCCAAGACCUCAAGAACAGGCAUAUCCUGCUCGACACACAGACUGCGCCAGCUCUCCAGGCCAAGGCAUUGGAAUUGGAGCGACAGCGCGCGACGGACAACCUCAAGAAGGGCCUAGCCCACCGACCCGACCGCGAGACCCUCGUUGAACGCAACAUCCUCCCCGACUCCACCGCCGCACCCGCCCUACAGGGCCACCAGAAGGACCUCGAGCGCCACAUGCGCGCAGACAGCCUCGAGAAGAACCUCCAGGCCCGACCUGCCCCCGCCGACCUCAUCAAGAAGGGCAUCCUCGAGGAGGACGAGAAUCCCCUCAAGGAGGUUUAGAUACGAGAAGAUGGAUUGAUUUGAUAUCAGUCGGAAGGGAGGGGCAGAUGAAGUGGUGGAUAGGUUUCUGUUCUUCGUUGGUUUUAUUCGCUGGCGUUAAAAUAAUGAACGAGAGAUGAAGAGAAGAGAGGGAGUAGAGAGGGGGGAGCAUACACUUUGAUGAAGAACGGAGGAGGGACAGGCGGACACACAGACAGACAAGAGUCAUCUC